AUCAGUGACAUUCUAAUAAAAAGUCAUUGUUAGCAUUAAAACCUUUCAAUUCAUAAAUAACCCUUUUCAUAACUAUUAUCUCUCUAAGCCUUGCUUCCUCUUUAUACGGUACUUAAGAUAACUGUUGUCUCAAGUUUUUUUUUUUUAUGUUUUAAUUCGGUAGACCCAGGGCUCCCACAUGUGCUUUUUUCAUUCUGAUAGUGAUGUUGAGGUCAGGAAAAGAACAGGAAGAGACUGGGAGCACAGACACUUUGCUGCACUGUGUUUGCACACAUCGGACUGCGAAUUGGAAAACAAGGCACAAGCACAUGCAAAACAGGAACUUGGGGACUUGAACACAAAAGCAGCACACUGUGGGAGGAGUUUGGGGAAGGUCACUUCCAGCGUGCCAACAGGAGGCUGGCCCAGCUGUUGCUGGUAUGAGACUUAGGAGCCGGUUGUCACAGGGAGAGGCCUUUCAUUUUGAGAAUCUACUCAGGCCCUCAGGUCCUAUUCCUGAGCUGAACUAAUUCCCUAACUUCACUUUGGGAUAAUUUCUACCCCCUAACUUAAUAAAGGAAGACUAGGAAUUUUAUCCCUAUCACAGGUGUCCCUUGUAAUUCUUCCAAGAGAUGCCACGACAAACUUACAGGAAGAGUGAGCUGGGAAGAGCCUGGUGAGCCUUUCAGCUCCCUCAGCAGUGGAUAGUCAGCAAGGGAGACGACACCGUGACACGACUCUUCCGCUGUUGCUGCAACACCUCUCAGAACUAGGUCCUACACACGGCAGUUGCAGACACCCUACUUGGGCUUUCAAAGGGGAAAAGUGCUACGGAGGACCGGAAGUGCUCGACUGCCACUCCUGGAAACAGCCGCAGGAAAAUCACCAAUUUUGAACUUGUUCAACUACAAGAAAAACUGAAGGAGACAGAGGAAGCCAUGGAAAAAUUAAUCAACGGAGUAGGACCUAAUGGUGAAAGCAGAGCACAGACUGUCACUUCUGACCAAGAGAAACAGCUGCUUCAUCAGCUCCGAGAAAUAACCAGGGCCAUGAAAGAAGGGAAAUUCAUUGACAGAUCCACUCCCGAGAAAGAAGCUGAGGAGGCCCCCUACAUGGAGGAUUGGGAAGGUUACCCUGAAGAGACUUACCCACUUUAUGACAUUUCAGAUUGCAUUAAGCACAGGCAAGAAACAAUCCUGGUGGAUUACCCCAACCCAAAGGAGCCCUCUGCGGAAGAAAUAGCUGAAGGAGUGGGUGUGCUAGAAGAGCCUGAACAUUUGGGUUGGCAAACGCCCACUGAUACCAGACCCCAGGAAGAUAAUUCUGUUGUUGCCUCUUAUGACCCAAAGUCAGAAACAUGCUCCUGCUGUCUUCACGAAGAGGAGGAUCCUGCUGUCUUGGCAGAGAAUUGCGGAUUCAGUGCAGACAGCGAGCAGGAGGAAGCCACCAAAGAAGUCUGGCCCCGAGACAUCAGAGAGGAAGGACUGGGCACGAGCUCUGAUGAAGCAUAUACAGGAAGCAUGCUGAGGAAGCGGAACCUCCAGGCUUUAGAAUGAGAAGCUUGCUGGGAUUCACUACUGCAGUCCCAGAUUCCAUGCUCAGCCCACACUGCCUUCCCUGUGUUCACAUAGCCAGUCAGGUAUCCUGUCUCCUUCUGGUGUGCACACUGUCACCUUGUGAAACAUCAUGGAGAUUGAUGUGAACACAAGACAGCUUCACUCCUGUCUUUGCUCCAUCAGAGUAAUUAUGUUUGAUUUGUUGUAAUUACAGUUGUCUCCCACUGAGGAGCAGAGGUCUGACCCUUCCUGCUUGGAAUGACAGAUGAUAUACCUGUGAACGAACAUCAACUUACAUACUAGGCCUUGAGAGUGAAGAUUUCAGAGUCCAAGAUGCCUUAAGCAGGUUGGUGGUCUCGUGGGUUCCAGAAGAGAAUAUUUUGUCUGUGGAGAUGAUGGAGUGAGCAGGCUAAGACCCUGCCAUGACCUAAGAUGCCCCCUCUUUUCACUGAAGUAGCAGAUUUCCUAUUGCUUGGGUCUCUACCUUCCCUUAGCCUGUUCUACUAAAGCAGCACUUUUGAUCUUACCCAGUGAAGCAGAGGUUUGAGACUGUAGGAAAACCCGUCCCAAGGUUCUACAAGAGGAGGGACCAAGGCAUUACUGGGCAGUGCUUGCCACCGAGGACAUUUGCACUCAGCACCAUGUGGAUUUAAACAGAAAUGAGCACUGAGCUCAUAGAUAAGGUGCCAGCCCAGCAGAGAAGUUAGAAGGUAUGAGGAUAGCAGUGCCCGGGACCACGAAGGGAUCUGGAGAAAUUUUGAUCAUACUAAAUUGCUCAUUGUGUCUAAAUUUAGGCAAGAUAGCAGUGUUGGAUUCUGUCAGACUAAAUUGCUCACUGUGUCUAAAUUUAGACAAGAUAGCAGUGUUGGAUUCUGUCAGUUAAGGACAAGUAUGGUUGUAGUUUUAUAUGUAAGACCUGAGAGUUUAAAGAAAGGGCAUUCCCAGCUAGGGAAAGCUAAGAACUUAUGGAAUUUAGAGUUCCUCUGUGCUUGGCAUAAACAAGAUGCUAGGAAAAUAGCUUAGAAAAGCAUUGUUGAAGAAUGAAAUAUAUUCCAGCUGUAUGUGAACCUUUGAUUUGCAGAGUGUGGUAGAGUGGGAGACUACUGUCUCCUAGAGUGACAAGGUCUUUUCAGGAUGUUUUAUUUAGGUUAAGGACACAAGUUGAGAGGAAAGGGGAUAACAGACACUGUCUUCACUGCUCAUGAGUCUGAUGCCCGGGUCCUUGCACACUUGUAGCGUGUGUGUACUACUUCCAGUCCCAAGAAUGUAGAUGCUCUUUACUUCUGAGAAAUUGUUUUUCACGUUAUUCCCCUCCACUGUGAUCAUGCUCUUAUUGGAAGAGGGUCCUGGUUUAAAUUCCCACUAGAGAUAAAUGUUUCCUUAGAAACAGAAGGCUAGGGGGCCAUGUGAUGGCGCACCUGGUUAAGUAGAGCUGUAGGUCUCUUUCCCUCUCAACUUCUCUGUCUCUAUCCAGUAAUAAAACAGAAGGCUAAAUGCCUAACUUAAAUUGUCAAGUUUAAUGGCCCAUAAAAUGUCAUGAUGAAUACAUGUUAGCCUUGAAAAUAUGACGUCCACAGUUUGAUUCACAUAUGCCAGAAUGAUGUUCUGGGCUCUCUCAAUAAAUGUUCUUUUUACUGGAUAGAGAGAUUCCUGCAGCAGUGCUCAUGAAGCUUUCUCCUUGCAGGUGGAGACGGAGGCUUGAACCUGGGUCCACCACCACCCCAUUAUAAAAUCCCAUUUUAACAAACUCGGUUUAACAUGGGAACUUUAGUCAACCCAAGGCUUAUGCUCUAGUUAAGGAAGAGCUUGUUUAUUAUUUUACUCUCAUACUUUAACAGUCAUUACUAUUAUGCUGUAACCAAAAUCUGUAGGGGAAUUUUUUAAAAAAAUUAUUUUUAUUUUUAUUUUAUUCACUGAAUAGAGACAUCCAGAAAUCAAGAGGGAAGGGGGUGAUAGAGAGGGAGAGACAGAGAGACACCUGCAACACUGCUUCACCACUUGCAGAGCAUUCCCCCUGCAGGUGGGGACUGGGGACUCAAACCUGGGUCCUUGUGCACUGUAACAUGAGUGCUCAACCUGGUGUGCCACCACCCGGCCCCAGGGGAAAUUUUUUCAGUGGGGCUCAGUGCCUGCACACAAAUCCUUGGCUCCCAGAAACCAUUUUUCCUUGAGGAGAAAGACUGGCACCUGCUUUACCACUCAUGGAGCUCGAACCCACGUCUUUGUGCACUUACCCAGGCGUGCCACUGUCCAGCUCCAGGAAAGAUCUUAGUUUGCCAAAGUUUUUCUUUUGCUGCUGGGGUUCUGUGUUGGCACUGUGAAUCUACCACUCCCAAUGGCCUUUUUUUUUUUUUUUUUUUUGAAGGACAGAAAUUGAGAGGUGGAAGAGAAAGUACAUUCUUGUCAGAUAUGUAAUAUAAAAGUAAUAUAAAGGUGUUAGAGGUAGCUUGAGGAGACUGAGGUGUCUGCUGGCAUAUGGCCCUUUUAUUCUGAAUGCUACUGUCAGAAUUUAAGAUUUCCAGUUGGCUCUUAUCGCCCUAGCUAUUGCUCUGUACAGCUAUGAUACAUUUAUGUAUAUGAUGAUGUGUAAAUAUAAACUAGCAUAGUCAAAGCAAUAGAUUGGUUCUUAUUGUCA